AUGUGGAUACUGAACCAACUGCUCUUGGUUAUCUCCAUAGGCUUCGUUUAUGUUGAAGCCGUGGACCCCAUACAAGACUAUCUGUCACCUCGCGCAUCGCAAGCUAAUGUUAAUGGCACUGGCUGGAGAACCCUUAACCAGACUGUACUGUCCAAACCGUAUGAUCCAAAGGCACAUCCUAGAGGAAUGUAUCCCAUCUCCGAAUAUGACUUCAUCGUGGCAUCGGGUGUUACUUCAUUAAUUGACUCAUUAACAUGGCGUAUAUGUAGUGACAACGAGGCGAUCAUUAUUCCUCGACCGUUGUAUAACGGAUUUCCUACCGAUAUGCGCCUGCGCAGCAAUGGGACACUGUUACCUGCGUCUUUCAUGCGAGACAACGAGACAGUAUCUCUGGAAGAUGCAUUUAAUCCGACAUCGUUAAAUAGAUCGCUAGAAAAGACGUUAGAGGAAAGUAAUCGGCACUCGGGAAAAGCUUCCAAAGAAGCUCUAAUGACAUUAGCAAGCUUUUGCGGUCGACACAGAAUCCACUUUAUCUCAGAUGAAAUCUAUGCCAACUCUGUUUUCCCUGAUGAAAACCUCUUCACGUCUGUUCUGUCGCUCAAUUUGAGCGGUAUCAUUGACCCAAAUCUCGUCCAUGUUAUGUAUGGGAUGAGCAAGGACUUUGGGGCAAGUGGGCUUCGACUUGGUGCUCUGCAUUCACGUAAUCAGAAUUUGAUUCAGGCUGCUGCUGGUGUCAACCUGUUCUCAUGGCCGUCUUACCUCGCCCAGGAUAUGUGGGCCCGCCUCCUCCAAAAUGAGACCAAGACGAAUGAGCUCCUCAGCCAGAACAGAAAUCUCCUUAAUCAAACCUAUAGUAAUGUGACGUCUUGGCUUGAUCGGAGGAAUAUCACUUAUUUCCGUGGCGGGUGA